UUCUGAACGAGAUAGCCCCGAUAACUUGUAACCCCAAUCGCCGGCGUAUGUCAGAAUGGUGGUCUAUUGUGGCGGUACUAUUCGCUCACUCGGCCGAAAUGGAAUCGAUAUCUUUAUUGGAAGACUAUUGCGUCCACAACGACCUCGCCGUAGGUGAUAACCACAUCUACUACGAGAUCGUCACUUGCUUCUGGCACCCCACUCUUACGAAGAUAAAUAUCCUGAACCCAGAGACACGCGCACUGAAGACCAUUGCAGAGGUGCAGAAAUCAUACAGUGGCAGGCACCGUGUUCGAUUCCUGGCAGGCAAAUACAUGGGCGAAUGGAUUUCUUCCGACAAAUUUCUCAAGGUAGAGAAGGCGAAAAUUGGAGGAUCUUUCCUCGUCGAAGGCGUCGGGUAUCGCUGGAAAACACAUAAUCGGAGACUUCAGCUGGUGCGCAGUGAUGACGAAACAAAGACACCAUUGGUAGUCUGUCAACCCCAUCGCCGGUAUUCAUUAGUCAUGCUAAUGUCUCGGCAUGCAUCAUUGCAAGUGAAUCUCGAACUUGCGAACUUUAUGGACAGACUAAUCGUGAGUUACAUCCUUGUCGAAAGACGCCGCAGGAUGAUCUGAAAAGAUGUACUAUGGAAUGUAUAGCUGUCUUCUGCGAUACGGACAAGUUAAUGAUUUAUGGAUUCUACAUGAAAGAUGUCCUAUUGAAACAACGUCUUCACGAAUUUGAUCGGCGUCCACGCAAAAGAUUAAGCCGAGUUUUUAGAACGAACUCGGUGCGCCCGCUCGUUGAAUAAAAGGAAACCGAUGUGAGCACUACAGACUAAUGUGAUCUACUAGAACACCGUGCAUAUGCACCUGGACAUGUAAAACGCAGAUGCUUCUCGUGGUAUCGAGCAAUGUCGCCGUCAACGUCUCCAAGUUAACGAACAGAUCGAGGCAUCUCAAAGGCAAGUAAUGAUA